CGCGAGGGGUUUGGCCGAGACAAGCCAGGUGCGCUUAGCGCGCCUUGGUAUGCAUCCAAGUCGGGUGGGGUCGCGCCGUCUAGCGACCCCCUUGGUGCGCCGACGACACCCGGCACCGCGUGUCUUGCCCUCCAUCCUAUCUUGAACCGCUUUGCACCCCUCUCUCUUAGGUGUGUUAUGGAUAUUUCUCCAGUUUCACCUCUUGCCCGCCCAUCGCCCCGUCAGAACUCUGAAGCACCUCCACCUCCUACCAAUAAGAGACCUGAUCCGCCAUCAUCACCACAAGUGCCGAGGCGUGAGGAAUAUGAACCAUAUGAUCCGCUUGCUACCAGAUCCAUUGGUGAGGCUAUGGCUUUACGUCCCUACAAACCUCAGUACAUAGACUCCAUCUCUUGUGGUGUACAAGAGAUGGUGCCGGCGGCUAGGCGGUUAUGGAUGGAUUGCAGCUCCAUGAAUGCCUUCACCUCGCACUUAGUGGGUGAUACCAUGCAUGUGACCAUGCAAGCUAUCGCGUUGCGAGAACGUGUGCAAGAAACCUCUCGAGAAUACGCCCAGUCAUAGCAGACGCGCCAGGCUUUGGAGGACGAGCUCAGUCAACUCCGUGCAGCCCACGACGCCUUACAGCAGGAGCAUGGCACCCUCCGGAACAAUCACUUGAGCCUUAGGCUGGAGCAUGAAACCUUACAGGAAAAAUACAAGAGGCAAGAGGAUAGUUAUGCCAUAGCUCUCCAAUCUGCUAUUCAGACUGCCAUCCAUGACUGGCGAGGAUCAGAGGACUUCGUGCGAGCUGCAAAUGCACACGCCAUCAUAUGUAUGCCCACCUUACUACAAUCUUGGUUGGAUACUCCGUACAUGUCAGGCGAGCCCAUUGUAGAGCUUAUGGCGGGUUGGCAAGACUAUCGCGAAUUUACGAACCCUCCUUUUAUAUGCAUGGUGGUGCUUAUGCAAUUAUUCCAGGGUGAUGCACUCUCCUCGUGUUAUUAGUUGCUGCAAUUGUAUAUGUUGUGGGUUGCAUGUGUUAAUACUUGAAAUAACUCCAUUUAAAAAACUUAUAUUGUAAUUAUAUAUUAUAUUAUAGUGUAAAUUAAUAAUUAUUUUUAGUUGGAAUUUGAAAAUUGAGAUAAGAUUUAGAUUUA